GUCUCUUGCUUCCUUACUCAUUUCUGCAACAACAAACACAACCUUCUUGUUGCAACCUCUUCACUCUUUUAAAAUGCUUUUUACUAUUUCCAAUUAGACACGUAUAAGCUUCACCAAUAGCCGCCUCAGAUAAUUAAUAGCUAUCAACCCAACUUCAAAGUUGUGUUCAUUUGGGGUCUCACUAUAUUCUCUCCUUUUCUUUUCAACAAUUGGAAACUGGGUUUUCUCCCUCUUUGAUUAUAAGACUCAAUACGAUCAUGGAUUGGUACUAUGGGAGUGGCGUUAAUGAUUAUCUAGUUCCCAGAGAUCAGGAUUUAUUGGACAGGCAUCCUUCACCAGACUAUUGGUCAAACUGGGGAAUAAGUGCAACUGAAGGUUUUAAUUCACCUAAAAACUUUUUUAUCAUGGAUUUCUUUGAAGAAAGAUUCAAUAAUCAAAUUGAGCUUGAACCAUCUCUGCAUGAUAAAGACCAGUCUAGCAGUUCAAGUGUAUGUGGGGGAUUGCCUGAGCAAUCUUUUCAUCAGACAUCACUUUCAUGUGAUCAUCCUAAUUACCAGCUUCAAGAUCUACCAAGAUUCCAACCGUUGAAUGACGCUUUCUUGGAUUCUGUACCUGAAGAUCUGCCGCAUGUUGAUGUUGAAAACCUAGACAAAUCCACUAACAUUUCUCCUGGAAACCAAUGCAGCAGUACACCUGGUAUAUUGCAGAAUGAUAUUACAGCUUCAAAGUCAGUUUCAAGCAACUCAGAAUCAAAGGAUUGCAUGCAUAUAGAGUUACCACUGGCCAAGGUUUUGGACUCAUUUGAGGAUUGCAACAAAGAUGAUGAUGGUACACAUGAGCAGUCAUCGCUAGAGGAAUUCAUACUGAAGGAUCUUGAGAUGGUAAUUGGACAGUUCACUGACAGGACCCGCAUUUGCUUCCGAGAUGCCCUGUAUCGUCUUGCUAGAAAUACUGAACAGCAACAUACAAUGUUGGACCAUGAUGAAGAGCUUAACAUACAGAAGGAAAAACCACAUGCAGAUCAAAAUGAAGCAAUGAGGAGGUCUCAGGACAAGAAACCAAUGGAAUCGGAAACCAACAAUAUUGACAGAAUCAUUGCACAUCUCAUGUUCAAGAGCAUGGAGUUUAACAUACAUGAUCCUCCACUUACAUCAUCAAUAAGCUCCAUGCAACAAGUUAUUGCAAGUAAAGAUGUACAUCAAAAUAAUUCAAAAGCUUUGACUGUGGCAGAGAAGCCUUGCUAUUCCCACCCCCAAAAAUUACCUGUAGAUGGUGUGAUUCCAAAGUUUGGACUAAGUAACCAACCAAGGGACACAGGUUCAUACAUUGGAUGUGAAGAUCCUACAAAGAAAUCUUUUAUGAUGGGCUUUGAUUAGGUAGUGUGAUUGUGAGCUUUCUUUCUGGUAGGCAUUAGCUAAUCCAAAAUCAAAAGAAAAAAAAAGUAUCUUGUAAAUUAUUUAGUCUCACUGUUAAAGUUAGUUUCUUUGAAGUGUUUUUAUAUUUGAAUUAUUUGUGGUAUGUUGUUUUACUUA